AUGGAAGGCCAUCGCAUACCCUACGCAUUCCUAUUAUACGUCGCCGGUAAAAUAGACAAGAAAAAGCAUGCCCAGCCCGAUUUACGUCAACUGUUCAUUUCCGCCAUUCUCAAGUCCCUUUGCGAUACAUUACCGUUAUGGAUGUUGAGGUUUCUAUUUCAUCUGUCGGGCGUAUGCGAACAGGUGAUCAAUGGAUUGUUCUUCGGCAAAUUGAGAAAGCAGUGGUGUCGUUCGGUGUCUGGCCCUGGAUGGAAAGGGUAUUUGAUCGGUGAAGAUGCGGAAACAGCAGAGAUCGGAGACGGCGCUGAUUUAGUCGUUAUCUAUGCCCAUGGCGGUGGCUUUGUUUGUGGCGGAGCUUUGGUUUCCCUUGUUGUAUUUGUUGAUUGGAUUAAAACUUGGAAGAGUAGCCAUGGUGCCAAAACUCAUAUCGUGUCUCUCGAAUAUGCCUUAUCACCUGAGCACUCAUUCCCGGUUGCAAGAGAUACAUUGUUACAAUGCUACCAUACUCUAGUUGUCGAGAAGGGACUCGAUCCGUCCAAAAUUGCUUUCGCUGGCGACAGUGCGGGUGGAAAUCUGGCGGUAGUUGCAUCCUUGGAACUUACGAACAAUCCUAGUAAAUACUCGGUUCCUCAGCCUUCGCGUCUUUUACUUAUAUCGCCCGUAUUAACGGCCCUCAAAACUUCCAAAUCCUUCAAAUUCAACGAGGACUACGAUUGCCUGAGCACCCAGUGGUUCGAUUUAUGUCUUGAAAACUAUAUUUACAACACAAACCUCCUUCCCACAUGCCCCAUGAUCUCACCGCUGCUUGAGCGUCGCCUCGAAGGGUUGCCUCGUACGUGGGUAUGUGUCGGUGGUUAUGAACUAUUCCUCGACGAUAUCAAACUUUUCGUUGAGAAAGCGAGAAGUCAAGAUGUUCAAGCUGAAAUUGUGGUCGAAGAAAAUAAUGUGCACAACUACGCUAUCGUCUAUCCAUUGUCUCGGGAUGAUGGCGCUCAGAAGGCCGCAAAGUAUAUGUCCAGAUUUAUAUUUGGCGAUCAACCUGUUAAGAGGAUAAGCGAUUAA